GGAAACAGCAACGAAACUCAUUCCGCCAUCAACCCCGCAGACAAAGUCGUUGCCUUUCCACCUCUCUCUCUCUCUCCCUCCCUCUCUCUCUGGACUCAGAUCCGUUCCCCUUUCCAAACCCUAAUUCCCCAAUCUCUGAAACCCUAAUUCCACGAAAUCUUUCUUGAUCAGAUCCACAACCCUCAUAAAACCCUAACCCUAAUUUUCCCAGAUCUGCAUUUUCAAAAUAUCCCCUCCAAAAAAAAAAAAAAAAAAAAAACCCGUCUAGUCAACGAAAUUCGCACAGGAGAAGGAGAGAAAGAGAGCUCCAGAUCGCCUCUCAAUCUCCACCCUCCAUUCUCCGAUGAAGGGCUCGAGCCGUCUGUUCACGACCGGGCUCGUGGCAUCAUGGUACACGUCGAACAUCGGCGUCCUCCUCCUGAACAAGUACCUUCUGAGCAACUACGGAUUCAGGUACCCAAUCUUCCUGACAAUGUGCCACAUGACCGCCUGCUCUCUCUUCAGCUACGUCGCCACCGUCUGGUUCAAGAUGGUCCCAUUUCAGUCCAUGCGAUCCAAGGCCCAGUUCUUCAAGAUCGUCUUCCUCAGCCUCGUCUUCUGCAGCUCCGUUGUCAGUGGCAAUGUCUCCCUCCGUUACCUCCCUGUCUCUUUCAACCAGGCUAUUGGCGCCACCACCCCCUUCUUCACCGCUGUCUUCGCCUGCAUCAUGACCGUCAAGCGCGAGGCGUGGCUCACGUACCUCACCCUCGUCCCUGUCGUUGCCGGUGUUGUAAUCGCCAGUGGGGGAGAACCAAGUUUCCAUUUGUUUGGAUUUAUAGUGUGUGUUGCUGCAACUGCUGCCAGAGCGCUCAAGUCAGUUCUUCAAGGGAUUUUGCUAUCUUCUGAAGGAGAAAAGCUCAAUUCUAUGAAUCUCCUUAUGUAUAUGGCUCCAAUAGCUGUUGUAUUCCUACUUCCUGCGACUCUUUUGAUGGAGGAAAAUGUCGUUGGCAUCACGUUGGCACUUGCAAGAGAAGAUAUAAGAAUUGUCUGGUACCUGCUCUUCAAUUCUGCCCUGGCAUAUUUUGUGAAUUUGACCAAUUUCUUGGUGACUAAACAUACCAGCGCUUUGACUCUCCAGGUCCUGGGGAAUGCAAAAGGCGCUGUGGCGGUGGUUGUUUCAAUUUUGAUAUUCAGGAAUCCCGUUUCCGUAACUGGGAUGCUUGGUUACUCCCUCACAGUCAUUGGGGUCAUUCUUUACAGCGAGGCCAAGAAGAGAAACAAAUGAGAUCUCUGAAAGCCUCUAGCAGGUGCACUUUCCUUUGGCUAGUGUGGGCUGCAACGACUUGUCGGAGCGAUGGUUUACACGUGCUUGCAGCUGAUGCAUAUGUUGCGCCCCCAUUCUUUUGCUGGAAACCGUAAACGGGUUUCCAUAUGUAUCAACAUUUACUGGUUAGAAAGUAAGGAAAAUUUGAAUAAACUGAUUGGCCUUGCAUGUUUUUUGGUCCUUUUUCUUUUUCCCCGUGGCAUUCAUGCGCCGAUCGUGGUUGGUAAUGGAGCAGUGCCAGCAAUUCUUUGGGGAGAAUUGGUUUGGCUCAAUCUUUCUAUUUUAGUCUGUCAUCUUUUUCUUUAUAUUAAUUAAUGGAAGAUGGUUAUGAGAA